ACAUACAUAUAUAUAUAUAUAUACAUACACAUAUCAAAUACAUACAACAAUCACACUACACGUCCAUAUGUAAACAUAGAGAACACAGUGACAAAUGCCAAUGUUUACAAGCUAAAGUCUCGAGAGAUUCUAUGAUUUGUUUUUUAUAAUGAAGCUGUAACAUAACUACAUUACAUGUCCUCUUUCGGAGCUGUCUCACAACUACAUUACAUGUUUUAUGUCAGACUUGUCUAACAACUAUGCUAUAUGUGGUCUUCAUAACAGCAAGGUUUAAUAGUCUACAUGUCCAACAAGAAAUCCUGACUUUAAAACAACAGAUGAAGAUGAUUUGCUUUCAGUAUUGGAAUAUUAAUUACUAACACACUGAAGAUCAUUAAUGACAACAAGUACAUAUGUAAUUUUUAAUUAAGAUAUACUGAAAUGUCUUUCACACAAGAAAAAAUAUAUAGAUUUUCUUUCAAAUGAUUCCGAUUCCAAUAACAAAGUCUUUCACAAGACAAUGAGAGAGCCACUAGAUUUUCACUCAAUUUGCUAGAUAUAGUAAAUAAAUCUCUUUCAGAUCCUACCUACACAACAUCAACAAUAGCAGCAGCAGCAGCAGCAACAACAACAACAACAACAACAACAACAACAGCAACAACAACAACAGUAUUGCUCUCAAGUCACUGAGAAAGUCUAUAUAAGGUUGCUUGACAUGCUAGAUAUAACAACCUCUCUCAAAUAAUAUCUGCUACCUUAAAAAAAGUAAAGAAGACAUAUUGGAUAGUGUAGUAUCAGAUAAAGUUAUGUCUGGAAAGAUGGGAUGGUCCUGGCUGGAAUGUCUCUGAUCAUAAGUCUGCUGGAUCAAGAGUUGACCAGAUGUGAGACAACAACUCACUCUUUCGCUAAAAAAAAAAACUCACUUAAUGAUGUUUGUGUUCGCAAACACCAAAUCCAGUGAGGUGAUGCUAAUAUAAAGUAGAUUGGAGAUAUACUCAUUAACAUAGCUAAUGAGUUCAUAAUUCUAAUGAUUUCACACCACUUCCAGCUCUGUAUCAUUAAUUGUCACUAAUUGACAUCAAACUGUCAAAACUGAAACUGAAACUGUAAAACAUUGAGAAUCUUCUUAAUUAUACAACUAACCUAUUAUACAUUGGCAUCAUUUAACACAAUAUACAAUGAAAUAUUCAGCUAUGUCUACUGAUACGGAACAGAGGACACAUACCUAAGUCACAUUACCUUGAAAUGUGAGCUUUUACUAUAAUGUCCCAAUUUAUUUUUCGACACUUUAAUAUAUUGGCAACAUCUGUGAAGAAUAUAUCAGAAUUUGCAUUUUCUCAACAAAAUGGUUAGCCCUUUUUAAUGCCAACCUACCUUUAGUUCUUUAAUACAGAAAUGUUUUAAAUCAAACCAUCCAUCCUAAUUUUAUUUUGAAAGGUUUUGCUAUAUUCCAAACAAUGGUCUUAUGAUGAAAAAGUCAUUUUACUAAAUUCCAUCAAAUUGUUGAUUAUUUUCAAAUUUAAUUAAGACACAUAAUGUAUUUCAUUAGAAUCAUAUUAGAACUUUAGCCAGGAAAGAAUCCUUAUUUCAAUCAAGCAAAUUAAGUCUUUUGAAACUUUUCUGCUGCAAUAAAUUUUAUAUAUGAAAUAUCAGUAAAACUACAAUAAAUAAUAUUUCAAAAAUUAAGCAUAAUAAUUCAUUCUAAAGAUUGAUGCUUCUUUGAAAAGAAAAAUAGAAUUAUUUAUAAAGAAUCUCUUAUUAAAGAAAUGGUAUAACCCUUUUGAUGUCAACUGAGCUGAGACCACCCCUUGAUUCUUUGAUACAAACAUUCCAUUUCGAAAUGAUCUAAAUUAAAACCAUCCAUCAAAAAAUCAUUUUAAUUUGUUUCAAACACCAGCUUCAUAAUGAGAAAGUUAUUUUAAUAAUGAAAAAAAUGAAAUUGAAUCAGUGUAUGUAGUGAUCAUUGGCAUAAUAAUCCUCCAAAGGUAUAACAAAAUCUGUUUCAGCACAUGAUUUCAUGCCAAGAAUCUUACAAACCAAAUACGAAAAUGAAAUAUUUUAUUAAAUUCUUCAUUAUCUUCUGAAUUAUUUGAAACUAAUGCAGUGUAUUUUCGAAAAAAGGGUUUCCUCACUGACUGAACACCAGUUCCUAUCUUGAUGGAAAUUACCAUUUAAUCUCUCCUUUUGGAAUAUUCUUUUAUCAAAGAAGACUGGAAAUUAUUGAAAUUAUUGCCUUGCGAAAGAAACCUUUAAAAUGUCUUCAAAAGCAUUUCCUCUUACAUCUUCUGAUGAGAAAUAUGCAACAGAUGAUCGUAAAUAUUCAUUAACCUCUAAUUAUGAUGAUAAUUCAGCCAGUUCCAGUUCUAAUUCCAGUUCCACUGAGAGCUCAGUAAGUGAAGAGAACUAUUUUCAGAGAUAUGACAAUAUAUUGAAUUCAGCAUUCCGAAGAAACUAUGUGGAAGAGUCAACCAGUUCAUUAUGUAGCUCACCCUCUAGUAGUCUUUUUGGAAAUUCCAUAAAAGAUGACAUAUUUAAUGAGAGCAUUGAAAGCUUUGAUAAUUGCAGCCAGCAAAGAAAUCCUGGAGAAUCAAGAAUAGAAGAUGAUCUGUCAUUGAUUUCUCAGUCAAAGAAUAAUGCCAUGAGUGUUAGCACUGAAGAAAUGCUCUCAAAUGUUGAGUUCUAUACAGCUACUAAAAUACCAGAAAGAUUUCUCAGAAUCUGUUAUACAUCACAGAAACCAAAGUUGCAAAGGAAUGGUUUGAAAAGAUUCAACUUUGACUCACUGACAAUGCAAGAUUCUAUGGAAACUGUCAUUGAGAAUAAUGAUGAUAAUAAACAAAGAAAUAUAAAGAAUUGCCAUGAAAAUUCUAUAGAAGGAAAUAAAACUGAUUCUUUUUGCAAUGAUAUUGGCAGAAAUCAACCUUUAGAGCAGUUCUCAGCACAAAAAAAAUGUUCUGAAGCUGAGAUAUUCAACAAUCAAAACCGAAAUUUAAAGAAUAUCUUAAUUGAACAGACAUCAGAUUUUGAAGAAAAUUGUCUAAUUGAUCAGAAGUCUAUUGAAGAUAAAGGAAUAUUUUACAAACAAAAAAGCAUCCAUGAAGAAAUUGAAGAAGUGCAAAGAUGUUUCAUGAAGUUUGAUGAUUCUUAUAACAAACAGAUAACUCUGCAACAACGGCAAUUUUUGACAACUCCUGACAACAGAAUGAAUGAUGUCUAUGAUAUAACAAAAACUUCUGACAAUGAAAAAAACUCUGAGAUUAAUAGUCAGUCAGAAGAUAAGAAACCUUGUGAAUCAAGUACUGAAGAGAUGAAGACAUGUGAUAUGAAUUUUGAAGUGAAUGUUGUGAAUAGUGGGGGAGUUAAAUCUUGUGAUAACUAUAGGAAGGUAUUGGAAUCAUAUAAUGUAGAUCAAGAAAUAUUUAACAUAAAUCCAAAUACAUCCACUCAGACAUUUAAUUCGAAGGAAAGAAUUAAUAAAGAAUGUAGUGAAAUACCCAAUGUCACUCUACCAAGAAAUAAAUUGUGUUUAGGGUCAAUAGAAAAAAAAUUUAGAGAAAGUUUUGAAUCAGAUGAUAUUUUUGGACCAGGUUCAAAUUCCAUUGAAUCAUUUGACUCAAAAGUUCCAUCUGAUGGGGCCCCAGAGAGGGAUGUGUUAUGUCAGAAAAGACCAAGAUUAUUAUUGAGUUGCCAAAAGAUGAACUCACCAUCUAGCUUCUCAUCUUCUCUUGCUUCUCCCUUAACUAUAAUCAAUGUUCCUAUAGACAGAAACAAGAUACUCAAGACUAGAUAUAAAGAAAAGAAAAUUAGAAAUCCCAAAAUUUAUUCCAGUAGAAAUACACAACUUCAGUCGGUGAAAAUUUCUGAGAGGAAGCGGAUGACUUCCGCUGAGAGAAAAUUUUCAGAGAAAAUACAACGAAGGAAUCCACUUCUGUUCCAAUGUGUUUCUCCAAACUUUAGGUGUGUAAUGGAAGAGCUGUCUCUAGAGCAUGAUCAGCAACUGCCCUUACCAUCAGAACCAUGUUGGCCUAAUAAUAGUAAUAAUAAUAAUAAUAAUAAUAAUAAUAAUAAUAAUAAUAAUAAUAAUAAUUAUAAUUAUAAUAAUAAUAUCACAGAUGCCACUUCUGUUUCUAAUAGAGUUUCUAACACUGGUUCAUAUUGUUCCUAUCACUUUCCUUAUCUCCCUGAAAGUCAAAGAAAUGGUUCAGAAAUUAAUAAGAAUUGUUGUAGGAGUGUAUGUACACCUGUUGGAACUCCUUAUAUUACUUGUGGUACAGAUGAUAUUACAGUUUAUUCCUCUGGCAACAAUUCCAGAGAGAUAACUCAGAACAGCCAAACCUGUAACCAACUCCAAAACAACAAUAGCAACAAUGAGAUACAUAAUAGAGCAUGGUAUUCAACAUCCAUCACCGUUUUUGUUCAGAAUUCUUCAAAUAAUUCCAAGCACAGUAAAACAUGCUCAGAAGUGAGCUGUAGGAAUCAUUCUGGAAAUAGAUUUCAUAAGGAGAAACUUAAUUCUGUGGCAGCUCACAAUUACUGUGGUCAUGAUUUCUUAAGUAGUUUCAGCAGUUCUGAGAGAUCUGCAAGUAAUAUCAAAAAUAUUUCCAGUUUCGAAAAAGAUAACCAAAAGAAUUGUAACAAAGAAAUCAAUGACUUUGAUUCCUGCAAAACUAAAAGUUAUUAUAACAAAUAUGAAAAUAUCAAAACUUCUUUCAGAUCUGAAGUUUUUCUUUAUUUAAACACAAAUAAACCAGAGGAAAAUCAAAAACAUAACCAUGUAAAAAGUUCCCAGACUGAUCUAACAGAUUCCAAUAGGAUAAUUUGUGAAAGAAAUUUUUUUCAAUGUAAUCAAAGUAUUUUAAGUUUGCACAAAACAACACAGACUGAUAUUACUUUGGUGCCAGCAUUUGGCAACAGGUUAUACCCAAACCAGAUAAAUAUAUGAUUCAGAUGCUUGUGUAAUAUAUGCUAACAAUUCCUAUGGUUUAGAAGUUUGCUUCCCAACCACGUCAUUUCAGAUGCAUUUCUACAACUUGACACUUUGAGCAAGCAGCUUCUAAAAAAGCCCUUGGCCAACCAAAGCCUCAUGAGUAGAUUCAUUGAUGGAAACUGAAAGAAUCCUGUCAUACACACACAUAUGCAUAUAUAUAGUAUUGUCUAAAAAUCUAUGAUUAGGAAAAAACAGGCACUCAUAUAUAAAGUAAUGGAACGGCUAUAUUAUUAUUAUUACUGGAUAUCAUAUUAUAGUCUCAUGAUAUCAGAAAUGGCUACUCUCCAUUUCUAGCAUGAAACCAUUUGGUAAUUUGACUAUAUUGAGACUAUAACAUGAUAUUAUAUAAAUAAUAAUAACAACAACAACAACAACAACAACAACAACAACAACAACAACAACAACAAUAAUAAUAAUAAUAAUAUACAAUAUAUAAAAAUAUACAAGACCUCUCCUUCUGUAAAAGGUUUUCUACAGCACAGUAUGGGACUGUGAAACACAAAAUUGUUUCUCAAUCAUGAGAAAGGCUCAUAUGAAUCAGAGAACAUCAAAAUAAACUGUGGAAAUAUUCCAGGGCAAUUCACUCUCCCUUUUCCUCUUUUGUCUUUCUCUCAUUCUCUUGUUCCAUGAGCUGAAUAGAACAAAUCACAGUUACAAAGUGUUUGACAAGAUUAUCUCACACUUGCUCUACAUGGAUGAUCUGAAAUGAUAUGCAAAAGAUGACAAGGAUCUGGAAGGGCUACUAAUAACUGGGAAAAAAUUCAGUGAUGACAUAAAUAUGGAAUUUGGCCUUGACAAGUGUGCAAAAGCUUCAUUCAAAUGUGGUAAACUUACAGCUAAUACCAUGACCCACCUUGAUCAUGAUACAUCUAUCAAGGACCUGGAUCAAGAAGGCUUUUAUAAGUAUCUUGAGGUACAUGAAGGGAAAGGGAUUCAGCAUGGAUCAGUGAAAGAGAAGAUCAGGAAAGAUUAUUAUUGAUGUGUCAGAAUGGUUCUAAAUGCUGAGCUGAACUCUCAGAAUAGAAUUGCAGCUAUAAGCUCCCUGGUAGUACCAGAUGUUUAAUAUAAUCUUAAUGUCAUCAACUGGAAUCUGAGUGAAAUCUAGCAUAUGGACAUAAAAACCAGGAAACUGGUCUUGAUGUGUAUAUUGGGCUCCAUAUAUUUGUACCCCAGUGUCACUUCGAUGGCCUGUACUGCUCUCUCACUCAAUAAUAACAACAACAACAAAGACUGUGGAGGGUUUCUACAAAAGUAAUCUCAGAUGUUAUAGGUGCUCUGGGUACCGUCACUUUCAGACAUAACAGUUCCCUUAUUGAGAUUAGCGAAACUAUGAGAGUUGCAUUAAUUCUGAAAUCUGCUCUUUUUGGGAACAAGGAUCGUAAGAAAAGUUCCCAAUAUCUAAGGAAACUGGUUGUGACCUGGUAUCAAGGACAUUGGUUCCUAAUGUAAAGCAUUCACACAUACCAUGAAUAAUAAUAAUGAUAAUAAUAAUAAUAAUGAUAAUAAUAAUAAUAAUAAUAAUGAUAAUAAUGAUGAUGAUGGUAAUAAUAAUAAUAAUAAUAAUAAUAAUAAUAAUAAUAAUAAUAAUGAUAAUACGUGUGUUUGUGAGUGUGUGUGUGUUUGUAUCGCCUUGUCUUGACAUCAUGUGAUAAUUGUAAAUGAGCAUUACCCUUUUGCCAAUAAUUUGUUCAUCUCCAGUCUUCAUGAAAAACAUGUCUGCUCAUGGGAAAAAUAUUACAUCACUUGAAAACAUGUGAAGGUUGGUGACAGGAUGGGCAUCAAGCCAUAGAAAAUCUGUUUCCACAUAUUUCGUCAGAGCCAUACAAAUGUGGAAAAUUAAAUUCUAAAACAACAAUGAAGAUUCCUUUUAAAUGAAAUAAAAUGAUGCAGAAUUCUUUCGA